UUUGUGUUUAUCGUACAUUUGUAUCACUCCAGUUAUUUUCCAAAUUGUAUGAACAAGUAUAAGAAUAUGAUAAGAGAAAAAUAAUCGUGAAAUACGAGCGGUUUUAAUAUGUAAAUAUACAGUAGAACCCGCUAAAAUAGGGCCGCUUGAGUUUCUAACAAAAAUGGUCUUAAAAAAGCGGGGUAGUUUCGGAUUGCACGCCGUAUAACGGGUGCCAGUGAGGACAGAAUGCUACAACGAUGACAGUCAAGACGAAGAUCUUCAGGAAGUAGAGGAAGAGUGUCUGGAAUCAGAAACCGACGUAGAUUGAGGUCAGCUGCAGGAUCAAAUACAGAUAUGCAAGAACCAAUUGUUGUAGAAGAUCAUGUUGGCGAUGAAAGUUGUAUAGAUCUGACCUCAACAUUAGAUGAUGAGUUUGUUGAUCUAACAUCAAGUCAGAGAUCUCAUAAUGAUACAGAAUUACAUGGAGCAAAUGAUAACUCUGUAGUGAUAAUUGGGACUCCAAAUGCUUCUCCACCAGCACGUAGAAGAGGUCAUAGAAGUUUACCUCGUCCUCUAGAGAUUGAUGAUGAUGACAGUAAUGAUUUACCACCUGUACCAUUUGAUUUACCCAACGCUGUACCAUCUUCCAGUAGUUGUAACAUCAAAUCACCAGAUCCUAUCAAAAUAACAUGUCCGGUUUGUUUAGAUGAUGAUAAAACAAUUAAAAAGGGCAAGAGAAAGUUGGUCACAACAACAUGUGGCCAUGUUUACUGCCAGCCAUGUGUGGAAAGUUCAAUAAAAAAUCAACACUGCUGUCCUGUUUGCAGGAAAAGAUUAACAUUGAAAAACAUAUUUGUGCUGCAUAUAUAAAACUUUUGAUCUUUAAAUUUUAUUCUUGUGAUAUUUUAUAAAGGAUGUAUCAUAUCCUUGCACAAAAAAAACAUUUUGAGUGUGGUAAACUGGUAUCUACUUGUUCCUAUGGUUGUUUAGUUGUCGUUUUUUUAUAAGUUUCUUGGCUUUAACUUGAAGACUUUUCUAUAUUUUGAGUUAUUGCUCUUUGUAAAUUAUCAUAGUAUAUUUCUUUGCAUAACUAAAAGACUAGAUGAUUUCAUACAAGAUAAAUAGAUUUCGUUGAGGAGUGCUGUGUUUAGAAAUAUUAAUUUAUCCAUUAUGUUUGAUCGCCCAUGAACCAAAGCUUUGCUCAAAAUAGUUAUUGCACUCUCAUUAUUGUUAGCUGGACUUUCAAAGAAUAUUGGGGCUAUCCUACAUAACCAUGUGCCAGGAAGACAUUGGUUAAAGUUUCGUUUGCAUGUAAAUGAGCAUUUUCAUAUCUCAUCAGCCACAAAGAUAUUUACUUGAAACUUCACUGUUUCCUUUUGUGUCAUAAGUUUGUGUUAUUAUACAAGAACCAUAACUCUGACAUGGAUUUUGACUGAAUUUCUGAUUAAGGUUAAGCAUGCAACAUGAAUAUCCUAAAUAACUACUGGGGCUGUUCAUUUGAAACAUCACACAUGCCCUUUGAUCAUUAUUUUGGUUUAUCAACAAAGAACCAUAACAACUCUAGCAUGGAUUUAGACUGAAUUAUAGUCCUUUGUUAGAAUGCUUAGUGCAAGGUUGAUCUUUACAAGUAUUGAAGGUAUUCACUUGUAUCUCAAGUACAUAACUGUCUUUAUCCAGGGACCAUAACUCUGACAGGGAUUUUAACUAAUUACUGCCAUAAUGAACUUUAAAUAUUAUAAAUAUGGCAUGGAUUUUGAAUGUUAUCUUUCCAUUUUCUACAUUCCUUCUAUAUCUACUGGACCAGGGUCUUGCUUAACUAUAAAACACUGAGGGGAGUCAAAUGUGUUGUCUAGCUGUCUGCAGGGAUAAAUGGCUACAGCAGUGGCAAUUUUAGUUUAAUUGAAUGAUGUGGGACAGAAUAAACGGAUAUUGUAUAUGUGUUCAUUAUAGAUUAUUCUGUGAUAUAGAUUUACUAGAAAUGUUGUUGGGAUUAUUAUAGUACUUUUUGUAAAAUACGAUGCUUGUGUAUUGUUAGGUGUAAAUGUUUUUCUUCAUUCUCGCAAUCUUAUUGAUGGGGUCUUAUAUGAGCCGCGUCAUGACAAAACCAACAUAAUGGGUCAACCAGCAUGGAUCCAGACCAGCCUGCACCUCUGCGCAGUCUGAUCAGGAUCCAUGCUGUUCGCUAUCAGUUUCUCUACUUGUAAUAGGGUUUGUAAGCGAACAGCAUGGAUCCUGAUCAGACUGCGCGGAUGCGCAGGCUGGUCUGGAUCCAUGCUGGUCGCAAACCCAUUGUGUUGGUUUUGUCGUGACGCGGCUCAUAUAUAUUAUUUCCAAGUCUUAAGCUUCCUGUUUCUUUAAUGUUCAGGUAUACUAUCUUGAUUUGUUGUGAAGGCUGAAUAGACAUUAUAUUGUUAAACACUUUCAUUAACCAAAUGUUUUCUGUACAAGUAUGCAUGUAUGUAAUGUUUAAUUUAUGUUUUUUAAAAACUAUAAACCAACACUUGCUCACCAGUCAAUGAAAAUUGAAUGUAGUUCUUGUACAUAUUUUGUGUUCAUGUGCAUGCCUUUGUGUAUGACAAUCACUGAAUCAUUAUAUGGUAUUUUGACAAAACAUAAUGGCUGAAAUAGUUUUACUUGCACAGUCCUGAAAUCAGCCAGCCAAAACAUUUAUUUGCAAGCAACAUGAUCAGCUAUGUUAUGAUAAAUUCAUAGUGUGAUUGUAAUUAGAUAUAUACAGUUGACCCUCGGUAACUCGAAAUCCAAGGGACUGGGCAUUUUACUUCGAGAGAAACGGAAUUCGAGUAAGGUGGAUCUGCCGCCAUUACGUUGACAUUUGUACAUGUAUAUACAUGUGCCUGAUUGAAUGUACAAAGAAGUAGGUUUAUUAUUAUUGAUAGCGGCAAUGCUACAAUAUUUAACCGUUGAAAUGACGGUAAAUCACUUUCAACUUCAAAUUAUGAACAAAAAAAUAUAAUUUAAUACAUGUAUAUUAAUAGUGAAACAUAAACACAAACAUUCGUAGCAAUGACAUAAAUGCAAGUUUGUCAGUAUUCAUCAGUAAAGCACAUGUUUAUAAUAAACAUUCAUUACAUAUCAUUACAAUAAAAGCACAAUAACAAUUUUAUUUCAACAACAAUUUAUCUAAUAUUUGAAGUGAAUUGAUCAUCGGCCGAAAAACGAAAGUAGCCGGAAGCAAAUAUUAAUGUAUGCAAUAUGACUGAACAUUAAUUAUACAAAUGUCAUUUACGUUGAUAACACACAUCAAUACCUAGGCUGUUUUUAGCUCACCUGUCACAAAGUGACAGGGUGAGCUUUUGUGAUCGCUUUUCGUCCGUCGUCCGUCCGUCCGUAAACUUUUGCUUUAAAUGACAUCUCCUCAUAAACCACUGAGCCAAUUUCAUCCAAACUUCACAGGAAUGUUCCUUUGGUGGUCACCUUUAAAAAUUGUUCAAAGAAUUUAAUUCCAUGCAGAACUCUGGUUGCCAUGGCAACCAAAAGAAAAAACUUUAAAUAUCUUCUUUUAAAAAACCAUAAGAGCUAGAGCUUAGAUAUUUGGCAUGAAACAUCUUCUAGUGAGUGUCUACCAAGUUUGUUCAAAUAAAAGCCCUGGGGUCAAAAUUGGCCCCGCCCGGGGGGGUCAUUGAUUUUUCCUAUAUGCAUAUAGUAAAAAUUUAAAAAAUCUUCUUUUAAACAACCCAAAGAGCUAGAGCUAAGAUAUUUAGCAUGAAACAUGUUCAAAUGGGUGUCUACCAAGUUUUUUCAAAUAAAAGCCCUGUGGUCAAAAUUGGCCCCGCCCCUGGGGGUCAUAGAUUUUCCCUAUAUGCAUAUAGUAAAAACUUAAAAAAUCUUCUUUUAAAGAACCGUAAGAGCUAGAGCUUAGAUACUUGGCAUGAAACAUCUUCUAGUGAAUGUCUACCAAGUUUGUUCAAAUAAAAGCCCUGGGAUCAAAAUUGGCCCCGCCCUUGGGGGUCAUUGAUUUUCCCUAUAUGCAUAUAGUAAAAACUUAAAAAUCUUCUUUUAAAGAACCAAAAGAGCUAGAGCUAAGAUAUUAAGCAUGAAACAUCUUCUAGUGAGUGUCUACCAAGUUUGUUCAAAUUAAAGCCCUGGGGUCAAAAUUGGCCCCGCCCCGGGGGUCAUUGAUUUUCCCUAUAUGCAUAUAGUUAAAACUUAAAAAAUCUUCUUUUAAAGAACCCAAAGAGCUAGAGCUUAGAUAUUUGGCAUGAAAUAUCUUCUAGUGAAUGUCUACCAAGUUUGUUUAAAUAAAAGCCCUGGGGUCAAAAUUGACCCCGCCCCAGGGGGUCAUAGAUUUUCCCUAUAUGCAUAUAGUAAAAACUUAAAAAAUCUUCUUUUAAAGAACCCAAAGAGCUAGAGCUAAGAUAUUUAGCAUGAAACAUCUUCUAAUGAGUGUCUACCAAGUUUGUUCAAAUUAAAGCCCUGGUGUCAAAAUUGGCCCCGCCCCGGGGGUCAUUGAUUUUCCCUAUAAGCAUAUAGUAAAAACUUAAAAAUCUUCUUUGGAAAAACCCAAAUAGCUAGAGUUUAGAUAUUAAGUAUGAAACAUCUUUAAGUAAAUAUCUACAAAGUUUGUUAAAAUAAACGCCCGGGGGUCAAAACUGGCCCUGCCCCAGGGGUGUCAUUGUUUUUAACUAUAUGUGUAUAGUAAAAACUUUAAAAAUCUUCUUUUAAAAAAGCCAAUGAGCUAGAACUUAGAUGUUUAGCAUGAAACAUCUUCUUAUGGGUGUCUACCAAGUCUGUUCAAAUAAACAAAUAAAAGCCCUUGGGUAAAAAUUGGCCCGGGAGUGGGGGGGCCUAUAUACAGGUGAGCGACCUCAGGGCCAUCAUGGCCCUCUUGAUUUUUACUAACACCUGUCAGACUGGCACGAGUCUUAAUUUUGUUAUCUAACUGUGAAAACCAAUUAAGUCCUGAAACCGAUUAAAGCAACUUUUACGACGUGUUAAUAAUACAUGAUGACCGGCAAAUAAAAUUUCUAUGGAACGUGUGAAUCACAAGGAGAACAUCUCACCUUGAUGUUGCCGACCUUUGAUCAGUCGGCUGUUUUUAUAAUUCGACUUAUUGAGAUGAAAAUAUGUGGACUUUAAUUGACGGGACCAAAUUUUCUUUUCGACUAAACAGGAGUAUCGAUAAGUCAAAAUUUGACCUAAGCGGAGUUAAAAUACAAAGAUAAAGAAGGAAAUUUGACGGGACUUUAGAAAUACUUCGACUUACGCGGAAUUUUGAGUAAAGCGAUUUUGACUUAUUGAGAGUCAACUGUAUAUAUAAUUAUAAAAAUACAAAAUAUAACUGGAAAAUAAUCAUGUUUUUGUAAAUACAUCACUGUGACAGGCAAAUCAAGUGAGGGCAUUAGUUUUAAUGGAAACAUUUGUAGAUUAUUUUUUGUUUUGUGAUUUAUGACUGUUUGUCUCUUUGAGAAUGAUCAUGUUAGAUAAUUACAAUGUGGGUUAUUUAUUGGUGUUUGUUUAUAUUGGGAUUGACUUUUGAAUAUGAAUAAUUGAUUUUACAUUUGAUAGUUAAUUCAUGAUAAAGUUGAGAAUAUAUUAACAUUUGUUGCCAUAGUUCUGUAUUAUUUGUAUUGUUUCAAUUGCUAUAUGUCAUUCUGUAUAAAAUAUAAUUAUUCAAAUAUUUA